AUGGUUAAUGGACUCCCGUAUAACCUAGAUAUUUCUGGAUGUUUUGGGCCUUUUCCAAACAACUUGGGCUUAAUUGAAAACCAAACGGACGUCAAUUUUGAUAGUGCACAUGAUAAACGUAGGAGAACGGUAAGGAACACGAAAGGAACCCCAGUUGACGUGUCGGAUUUCCCCCCACCUCAACCAAACAUCGACCUAAAUUGUAUGCCGAUCCCUUCUCAGAUCCCGCUCCCGGAUUCCGACACUGACUCUCCAUCCCCGUCGACGGAAAUUAGAAACACGGUGGUAAUUGGCAAUAUGUUAGGUUUUGAUGUGGAUGAAGAGAAUCUGGUGCUUAAAGAAGUCUUUGGUGAAGCAGGUGAGAAUAACACUUUCCGAUGA